AUGUCCUCCAAACCCAAGCUGAAGUUCAAGCUCUUGAACCCAACCCACAAAGAGCCUGUCACUUUCCCGCAGUUCUCCCGUCUCCCCAAAGAGCUCCGCAUCGCCAUCUGGAAGCUCUCCCUGCAGCGACAGCGCCUCGUCAAGGUGAAGCUGGAAGAAUACACCGCCCGGAGACAGGAGCGUAUGAGCCCGUCGCCACGAGGACCGCCGCCGUCCAAAGACCAUACCUACCGCGUCACCCGAGCGCAACAGGCCGCGCUGGAGUUCUACCGCGUGCGCGUUCCUGCUGUGAUGGAGGGGAACGGCGAGAAGAGGAGCGGCGGCGUCUUUCGCUUCAACCCCGGGUACGACAUCCUGCACAUCCAGCUCAGUAGUGGCUGGCACCAGUUCGUCGCUUUCCUGGCCGAGCUCAAGACAUGGUACGACCCCCGGGGCGUCGGCCUGUUGAACUUCGCGCUCGACCACGACGGCGCUGCCGAACUCAAAGCCCUGCAGCUUGCCGGGACCCGGAACGUGACGGCGCGCGAGGCUUUCGUGUGCACCGUCGCGGGGUUGAAGGAGGUGUUCUACCUCUGCGUCGUGGACCUGAGCCCCGACAACCAGGGCUCGAUGAGCGGCGACCCGGCUAUGAACAGGCGGCGCAGAUUGCAGUGCCCGAUCAUGCCUGAUGCGCCGGCCUUCGAGCGCAUGGGGAGCGAUCCACGACCUAUCCCUAACAACCUGCUGCGGCGGGUUUCCGUGGGGGAGUUUGAUCCGCGUGGCAUGAUCUUCCGAUGGCAGAAGCUGCGCUGGACCUGCGGAAUUCCAGGACCCGACACCAGGCAGUACCGCUUGCUAGUUUCGGCAGAGCGGCCCGGCGUCAGCAGGAUCGCCAGCCGAAAGGGCGUGGCUCCAUGGUUGCGUGAUGAAUAUACUGAGUGGGUGGAGUCGAUUUUCUCGAAGGUAACCCAUGUGAAGCAGGCGGUCGGAUUCUGGUUGUUUCCCGUUGAACCCCUUGGUCGGUUGCCCCAUCCGAGCAUGGAAUUUGACAUGCAACGUCGGGGGCCAGGUACACCAAGGGGCUGGAAGCCGAAGCGUGUGGUGGACUUCACAGCUCAUUGGCCGGAGCUGGGGCUCGCCAGCUUACCGUAG